AUGGCAGAAACUACAAAUAAUGACAAGACUGAUUUCCCUAGUGAAAACAAUAUAACCGCAGUUGAUAUUCAGAAUGAAGGCUAUGUUGUUUUUGAAGACGCUUUAGUUCUGGUUUCGGAAAAUACAACUAAGUACAGAGUGUUGAUUCUCAGCGUAUACUCUCUCAUCGCAGCCAUUGCAGAAGUGUUCAGCGGAGGCAUCAUCGUGGCAGCUAGCCAAUGUGACCUCGGUCUUGGCGUGAUCGAGAAGGGCAUCAUAGGAUCCGUGCCUGUCUUGGGAGUAAUCAUAAGUGCCCACUUCUGGGGCUACCUCACCGACACGCGUGGGCGUCUGUAUACCCUUCACAUUACAAUUCUUGGCACGGCUGCCUUCGCCUUCUUAUGCAGGCCCCGGAUAGCAUACCCGACCCUGUGA